AUGAUGUUUCAUGAGGUGAGCGACUCAUUAGACCCCGCGCGUCUCCCUGAGGUGUAUGCCAAGGAUGGCAUCCUCCAGUAUGCCAAUGUGCCACCAGUUCAGGGCCUCGACAAUCUCAAAGGCUUCUUUGGUCCAAUCUUCGAAAAGCUUGAGCUGAUGCGCCAUGAUAUCUCUUACUUCGACCUCGUCGGAGACAAGAUUUACCAGGCAUGCACGAUCACGUACCGGGCAAAGAACGAUCCCCAGAAGGAAGAAAUUGUCGUGCCAGCUUUGGGUGUCUUUCACAUUCUCCCAGCCGGCGAUGACGCGGGCAAGAUGAAAAAGGCAGAAGUAUACAUCGACCCUUCGCCUCUGAUGGCAGCUAUCGCCAGAGCAGGAUAG